AUGUCACGCAAUGAAUCCCGUUUUGCAGUGGUCGUGACCGGUCUUGCCCUCGUUGGCCUCGGCUCUUUGCCUGCUGUGUCCGGGUUCGUCCAACGGUUCAGAAAGCGCGAGGCACGACAGGACGUUCUCUACGAAGAUGCCGACGGCAAGGCGACCGUCGAGUCGCAAAGAGCCUACUCGGCCAAGGUCCCGAAGACGGUGAUCUUGCUCUCUGCCGCUGCCGGUUUUGCCCUAUCUAUCGCCAUUGCACUGCUGUCGACAAAUCAGAAGGCCAGUUCGUUGAACGACUGGCUAUCAACUGGAGCAUGGGGUGCAUUACUGUUCCAGGCUAUCACGAUAGCCUCUUGCAGAAAGUCGGUGCAGGCCUUUGAUCUCGGCAUCUACUCGUUCCUGUCCUCCGCAGUGCUGAGUGCCAUUCUGUUUGUCCAGGGUGCUGAUGCUUCAGAGUCUCUCUGGGACCACAAUCGCACCUUGUUUGUCCUUCGUGCCGUCGAGCUGGCGCUGGCUGGAUCCCUUGCAGUUUCCAGUUUGUCCAUUCCAAGGAGACCCGACGUCUAUAUCGAUGGAGAGCCGGUUGAUAGGAUGUUUACCGUGUCAGCCAUCAGCCGCUUCACCUACGCUUGGCCCAGCAAGCUUCUGGAUCUCGCGGUUAAGAAGAAGGAUCUCGACUUGACCGAUCUCAACCGACCCGACCAUUUUUCCCGAGCUGCAGACACUUCGGCCGAUUGGAAGCGCCGCAACUACCGCCAUAACCUUUGGCUGUCCGUGAUCCUCGCCCACAAGAAGGCGUUCUCCUUGCAGUGGGCUUUGACACUCUGCACGGCCUUUCUGAACUUCAGCCCCCAGUGGGUGAUUUUGCAGCUGUUGCGCAUUUUGGAGAAUCCCCAGGUCGGUAGCAGCUACGGGUUCGGUGUCUGGUACUGGGUCUUCUUCCUCGGCGUGGCCAUGAUUGUCCAGUCAUGGGUGGAAGCCUAUGUCUUCUGGCUCUCGUGGUCUGACCUUGCCAUCCCCAUUCGCGCUCAGCUCUCUGCGCUCAUCUUUGAGAAGUCAAUGCGGAAGAAGGAUGUCAAGGGUGCUGGAAAGGCCAAGGAAAAGGAGAAGGCUACCGAGUCGGGCGAACCCCCCGUCGCUGGACCAACAGGAGAGGGAGCCCCAGCCGAUGCGCCGCCAGCCGUGCCAGAGGCCGAGGCCGAGGAUGAUUCUGAUGAGCUCAAGAAGGGCAAGCAGAACACGGUGAACUUGAUUGGUGUCGAUGCGAAGCGUGUCUCGGACUUCUCCACCUACCAGAACAUGUUCCCUGGCAGUCUUUUCAAGCUCAUUGUUUCGCUGACCUUCUUAACGAACCUUCUGGGCUGGAAGGCUCUUCUGGCGGGCUUCUCUGCCAUGGUUGCCAUCAUGCCAGUGAACAUCCGCUUCUCCAAGAAAUAUUCCGCCGCUCAGGACAAACUGAUGAAGGUCAGAGACGAGAAGAUGGCCGUCGUUACCGAAGCCCUCCAGGGUAUCAGACAAAUCAAGUUCUCCGCUUUGGAGCCCGAGUGGGAAGACAAGAUUGGCUCGGUCAGAGACAGGGAACUUGGUGCGGUCUGGAGUGUGUUCAUGGCCGACACAGCCCUCCUUGCCUGUUGGGUCACCAGUCCUAUCCUCCUUUCGGCUAUUUCUUUGGCCGUCUAUGCCGCUUUGAAUGGUGUCUUGACGCCAUCCGUCGCCUUCGUCAGUCUUGGUGUCUUUAGAGGUCUCGAAGUAACGCUGUCGGUCAUUCCUGAGCUUACAACCGAUCUGCUGGAUGCGUGGAUUUCGAUCAAGCGUAUGCAGGAGUAUCUGGACUCUCCCGAGGUGACGGUUGUCUCGCAGGAUGCUGAAGAGGUGUCGUUUCAAAACGCUUCUGUCGCCUGGCCUUCGGAUGAGGAUAUCAACGAGGAGGACAGGUUCGUUCUCCGCAAUAUCAGCGUCACAUUCCCCAAGGGGGAGCUAUCGGUCAUCUCCGGCAAGACUGGAACAGGAAAGAGCUUGAUGCUGUCCGCUAUCCUUGGCGAGGUCGAUAUCCUUGAGGGCAACUUGUUUGUACCCAGGGCACCUUCGCUGGCUGAUCGCCACGAUGACAAGGCCAACAAGGACAACUGGAUCAUCCCUUCGGCCAUCGCCUACGUAGCCCAGAUUCCCUGGAUCGAGAACGCAACCAUCAAGGAGAAUAUCCUCUUCGGACUUCCUUUUGACGAAGAGCGCUACAAGAAGACCAUUGAGGUUUGCGCAUUGAAGAAGGAUCUGGAAAUGCUCUCGGAUGGUGAAAACACGGAAAUUGGCCAAAACGGUAUCAACCUAAGCGGUGGCCAGAAAUGGCGUAUCACUCUGGCUAGAGCCAUCUACUCCCGGGCCGGUAUUCUUGUCCUCGAUGAUAUCUUCUCGGCCGUGGAUGCUCACGUCGGCCGCCACAUCUUUGACAAGUGCCUCAACGGUGUCCUUGCCACUGGCCGCACAAGAAUUCUCGUUACUCACCAUGUUGCCCUCUGCGAGCCCAAGACCAAGUACCUUGUGGAGCUUGGCGAUGGCCGUGUCUUGGAGGCUGGUUCGGUUGACAAGCUGCGCGAGGCAGGGGCUUUGGACCAGAUUAAGCGUCACGAAGAAUCCCCUGAGGAAAUCGAAGCCGACGAACAAGCCGCCACUGCUGUGAACUCGGAUGACUCUGUUGAUGGCGAUGGCGAGCAGGCCGAGGCCGAUGCUAACGCUCUGAAGAAGGUCAACUCCAAGACUGCCGCUCGUAAGUUCGUCGAGGACGAGGGACGCGAGAAGGGAGCUGUCAAGAAACAGAUUUAUUACCAAUAUCUUCUGGCCAGUGGAGGCUGGAGUUACUGGACCAUUGCUCUCAUGAUUUUCCUUGUUGUCCAGGCGUUCAACAUUGGGCGAUCAUGGUGGCUCAAGAUUUGGACUGCAGACCACGAUGAGCAAGCUCUUCACACUCAGCAUUUCCUCAGUGUUUCGAGAGAGCAAGGCUUCGCCUAUGGCACUCAGCAGACGUCUUUUCACACGAUGUCUGCUCCAUCCAUCACCAGCCAUAACAGCCUAACAUACUACCUCAGCAUCUACGUACUUCUGGCCCUCAUCUCAUCCAUCGUCGGUACACUCAAGUUCCUCUACGUCUACAUCGGCUCCAUUCGCGCAAGCAGGGGCCUGUUCCAGAAACUUAACUUCACCAUCCUGCGCGCGCCCAUUCGCUGGCUUGAUACCGUUCCUGUCGGUCGCAUCCUCAACCGAUUCACGUCAGACUUCAACAUUAUUGACUCGCAAAUGGCCAACUCGGUCAGUUUCGGGCUAAAUUCGUUCCUCAACCUGUUGGGCGUCAUUGUUGCGGGCCUCUUUGUUUCUCCGUACAUUGUCCUACUUGCUGGUGUCCUGCUGUUCAUCUGCCUCUACUAUGCGAUCCGGUACCUCGAUGGCGCUCGUCCGGUCAAGCGGCUGGAAAGCACCACCAAGUCACCUGUUUUCGAGCAGUUCGGCUCCGCGCUCUCCGGUGUCGCCACCAUUCGUGGUUUCGACAAGUCUGAUGGUUAUAUCAAGCGCAUGUACCGCAAGGUGGACGAAUAUUCCAUGGCGACAUGGCAUCUCUGGCUUUUCAACAGAUGGAUGGGUUGGAGAAUGUCGCUUGUGGGCUCUUUCUUUGCCUCCUUCGUCGCUAUCCUCAUCUUGGUCACCCCUGGCAUCGACUCGGCUCUGGCUGGCUUCGCGCUCGCUUUCGCUUUGGAAUUCUCUAACUGUGUUAUGUGGACGAUUCGUCUGUAUGCCAAUGUUGAGCUGAACAUGAAUGCUGCCGAGAGAAUUGUCGAGUACGCCUCACUCCCUACCGAGUCCCUCGAGGGCAUCAGCCCGCCCGCCGCGUGGCCCACCGACGGCCGCAUCGAAGUCAAGGACCUCGUCGUCAGCUACGCCCCCGACCUCCCUCCCGUAUUGAAGGGCCUCACCUUUAGCGUCAACCGCAACGAGCGCAUCGGCGUCGUCGGCCGCACCGGAGCCGGAAAAUCCUCGCUCACCCUCGCCCUCUUCCGCUUCCUCGAGGCUCGCUCCGGCAGCAUCCACAUUGACGGCAUCGAUACCUCCACCAUCAAACUGCACGACCUGCGCUCUCGCCUGGCCAUCAUCCCGCAGGACCCCGUCCUCUUCUCGGGCACCGUGCGCUCCAACCUCGACCCGUUCAACCACCAGACCGACGCCGCGCUGCGCGAGUCGCUCGAGCGCGUCCACCUCGUCGGCGAUAGUAAUUCCACCUCCGGGACUGCCACCCCCGCACCAGAGGCCUCAUCGUCUUCGACCACCGGCGCUGGUAUCCAGAACAAGAAUACCAACAUCUUCAAGAACCUCGACUCCCAGAUCUCUGAAGGUGGUCUCAACUUGUCUCAAGGCCAGCGUCAGCUCCUCUGCCUUGCGCGCGCCAUCGUCUCUAGGCCAAGAGUCAUGGUCCUGGACGAGGCUACCUCGGCGGUGGAUAUGCACACGGAUGCGCUGAUCCAGCGGUCCAUUCGCGAGGAGUUUACUGAUGCGACGCUGCUCGUUAUUGCUCACCGUUUGAGCACGAUUGCGGAUUUUGAUCGCAUUUUGGUUCUCAGUGAUGGCAAGGUUGCUGAGUAUGGAACGCCGAGGGAGCUGUGGGAGAAGGAUGGCGGGAGUGGAGUGUUUAGGGGGAUGUGUGAGGAGAGUGGUGAGAAGGAGAAGUUGAGGGAUAUUGUUUUUGGGAAAUAA